UAUCUCUUUGGGGCGAUAAGAAAUAAGGGCUACAAGGGGGUGGGGAGGUUUUGUUUUAUGCUUUUUACCUAUGGAAAGGUAAAUCUUGGCUAGAUAAAUUUUGCAGAAUUGUUCUUGUUACUGUAUGCCUCUGAGUUGUUUCUCAAUUGUGAAAACCUUAAGAUAAACUUACCUUUUUGUUGUUGUUGCAAAUUUUGUUCAGAGGAACUUUGCCAUGGCCUUCCUCUGAGACUGAAAGAGAACGAUUUGCCUGGGUCACUCAGUGGGUUUCUGCGAUUGAGUGAGGAUUAGAACCUUGGUCUCCAGAAGCAUCACCCAAUGCUUGAACCACUCUUACUUUAUCUUGAAUUCGUUAUUUGAACUGUCAUAGCUUCCUGAAAGAUCCCGGAGAUUUGUAGGUAGCACCCUCAACAGUAAAUUGUAUUUACCCUGAUACUUUCACAAGAUCAUAAAUUGAAAUUGAAAGAAGAGAAAAGCCAAAAGCCUUGCCAGUUCAAUAUAUAUAAGUGUAUAGAUAUAUAAGUGUAUAGAUUUUAAGAAACACCUUAAAAUCAGUGGUGGACCAGCCAGGGUGUCAGCUUGCCCAAUGGCAAGUGGUCCUCUGUAAACAUUAGACAGUCCACCUUCUAUUUCAUUUUUUAAUUCAAUUGUAACAAUAUGUAUUUAUGCUUAGUAUCAACUAUAUACUGACAGUAAUAACUGCAAUAUAUGUAAAUUUUAAUUACUGAAAUACUCAUUUAUCUUACAAUAAUUUUAAUUCCACCUUUUUCCAUUUAUGUGUUUUUAAAAACAAAAUUCAUAUAUCUAUACACAUAAUAAAAGUGAAAAUCUGUAUGUGUCUAUAUAGCUGGGUUGCCCAGUUUCACAGAUAGGCUUCCACCUUCACAAACAACUAUAAUCCACAGUGCUGAGGAGCCACCAAAAGCACUCCCUCCAAUGACAUUGCAGGUUACCAGGAGCGCCACAUCCCAGUGUUCCUUUUUCUCUCCAUUGGUGUGGACUUUGCAUGACCCUGCCCAUUGCUUCCCCCUUAACACUUUCCUACCAUUUCCUAUGGCGCACAGCAAACAGAGGAAUUGAUCAGCAACUGAACAUCCUGGAGGGGUUUGGGGGACUGACUCUACAGGGUGGAAGUUGUAGUUCACUCUGCAUCAAGACUCAGCACUGUGACCCCCACCGACAAUGGACCCGGACCACAUUUGACACAUAAAACCCACAUGAUCAACAGAACAUACUGGAGGGUUUGAGGGGAACUGGCCUUCAUUUCUGGGAGUUGUCGAUCACCUACAUCAGGAGACACCGAGACCUCCACUGACAAUAGACCGGGACCAAACUUGGCACACAGAACCUCAUAACCAACUGAACAUACUGGAGGGGUUUGAGGGGAACUGACCAACCAUGGUGGGAGCUGUAGUUCACCCUGCAGCGAGAGACCCCAUGGACCCCACAGAUGGUGCAUCUAGACAGGAAACCUGCUAAACAUGACAAACUAAGUACUGAUGGAGUGUCAGGGGGUAACUUGGCAUGAUGUGAGUUGUAAUUCACCCACAACCUUAUGCAUUUUGUAUAAUUAAAAAGAUGACUUCAAAUAAUCUGGGCAACACUGGAUACCCGAGGUAGUAUCUUAUAAAAAUUAAAUGAUAACCUUAUAGUUGUGGGUGGUCUCCCUUUGACUCCUGACAACCAAUAUUUUUAGAUGCAGUCCACCAUUGUUUACAAUACAUAUAUAAUGAAAUAUAAAACAAAAUUAAAUGUUGCAAUACUUUAAAAUUAUAAAUAAUCAAGCCACUGCUACAAUCAGUUCAAAGUAUUACUAGAAGUUUAAGGUUGCCCAUGAGCCUCACUAGAGGUUUUUAAUGAAAAGACAGAAAUUCUUUUUACUGCUAGAUAUUUCAUGGCAUUUUUAUUUGUCUGUAAGAUACCAGGUCAUUAAGUGAACUCUGUAACCACCUUCCCAAAAUGCUUUGAAUUGGGUAGCAUAAAAUCAGAAAUCCAAUCGGGAAUUGUGCAGCAAAAACAUGUAGGGGUAAAAGGACAGCAACAGCCCUGGUAAAGAUGGGUGACAUCCUAUCCCAUCCAUGGCAGAAAUAGGAUCAGUGACAAAUCCUAUUAUUUAAACCCUUUCUUGAUUUUCUGGCCUGAUAGAUGCCAGGCAUAGCAAGAUAAUGGCUGGCGUUGUGGCAUGUGUGGAUUGUGGAUUGAACCUCUUUUAAGAAAUAAAGAUACUGUUUUUCUAAGAUGCAGGUGGCGUUUGAGGAGGUGGUCGUGUUUUUCUCCGAGCAGGAGUGGGCCUUGCUGAACUUGAAUAGAAGAGCCCUCUACUGGGAUGUCAUGCAGGAAAACUACGAGAAUGUGAUUUCGCUGGGUUUUCCAGUGACCCGGCCAAGCACAACUACUGAUCUGGAACAAGAUGAAGAACUGUGGGGAUUGCAAUUCCAGGGACAUCAAGAACAAGGAAUCUUUACAGAUCCCUUUGGAGCUGAUGAAAUGUUAGCUCCAGAACAAAAGAAGAACUUUAAUAAAGAAAGACUUUUAAAUGAUGACCGAUCUAGACAAGCUCUUAACUUGAGUGAUUUUGAAGAAUUAACUAGAACUGUGAUGCCGGUUGAACAUAUACUAAAGAAGCAACACAUAUGUCCCUACUGUGAUAAGAAAUUUUGCCGUCGUUCUGAUCUUGUUCGGCACCAAAAACUCCAUACAGGAGACAGACCUUUUAUCUGCAAUCAGUGUGGGAAAGGCUUUGUCCAGAGCAGCCAUCUCAUUGCGCACGAGAAAAGCCAUACCAGAGUGAAAAACUUCAUCUGCUCAGACUGUGGGAGGAGCUUCAACCAGCUCUUAAACUUCAAUAGGCACCAAAGAACUCAUUCUAAGGAGCCCCCUUUCAGUUGUUCUGAAUGUGGGAAGACCUUCAGCCGCAGCUCAAACCUGAUUAUGCAUCAAAGGACGCAUACUGGAGAGCGACCUUACAAAUGCUUUGACUGUGGGACCAGCUUCAGCCGGAGUUCGACUCUGGUUACGCACCAGAGGACUCACACAGGGGAGAAACCAUUUAAAUGCCAGGACUGCUGGAAAAGCUUUGGAAGGCGCUCAACUCUGAUUAUGCACCAGAGAACUCACACAGGGGAGAAGCCAUACAAAUGCCCUGACUGCCCAGAAACGUUUAGUGUGAAAUCCGGCCUUCUGAGCCAUCAGAGGGUUCAUAUGACAGAGAGACCCUAUUUGUGCCUGAUAUGCGGGAAACACUUUUGUCGGAGUGCGGACCUUAUUAUUCACCAGAGGAGUCACACAGGGGAAAAACCCUAUCAGUGCAAUGACUGCGGCAAGAAGUUCAAUACGAACUCUCACCUCGUGACACAUCAGAGGAUUCACACCGGGGAGAAACCAUACAAGUGCCCUGAGUGUGGGAAAAGUUUCUCUUACAGCUCCGUCCUUGUUGGCCACCAGAGACUUCACUCUGGAGAAAAACCUUAUGCUUGUCCAAAAUGUGGGAAAACCUUCCGUAACAACUCCCACCUUAUCACUCACCAGAGAGUGCACUCAGGAGAGAAACCCUAUCAAUGCCUCGAGUGCGGGAAGAGUUUUAGCGUAAGUUCAAAUCUUACUAAGCAUCGGAAACUCCAUGAGAAGGAGACAUCUUUUAAGCAGGAAGAGUUGUGUCAUCAGAAAAGUUGUUAAGCAGGGUGUUAUAUUGUGAAAGUGUUGGUUCAAACAGUGCCCUAGAGAAUGGUCAAAAUAGGAAUGGUCAUGGAGUAGUAAGGAAUGUAUACUAUGUAGAAUGUAGAAUGAUUUAGUUACAGGAUCAGUUAGAUGAAUUGAAAUACUCUAAAGCCGAGCUUUCCAAGCAUUAUAUGCUGGUGACACAUUUUAGACAUGCAUCAUUUUGCGAUACAGUAAUUCAGUUUUACUGGCAAACCAGAGGAUAAACCAACCUUUAUAAGAGAUACAUAAUGUCAUAACAAAAUUUAAGGGACAUGACAUAUCUCAUUAAAACCUUUCAUUUAUGUAUUUUUUAAAAUAUGAUUUUUAUGAUACUAACAUACUUUUCCAAGAUUUUUGUCACCUUUUGUUGCAUUUAAGCAACACACCUAUGCACUGCAGCCGACAUAUUAAAGCAGGGGUUCUCAAACUUUUUCAGCUAUGGAGCCCUUUUUGAAGCAAAAGUUUCUUGUGGAGCCCCAAGAAAUGUAUAUGGCAUUAGCCAGGCCAGUGGCAGAUAGAUGGAAAGUAUUUGUAUGAACUAGCUCACACAGUACAAAUAAUAAUAAUAGAUAUAAUGCAAAUAUAAUAAUAGCAGAAACCCCAGAGACCACCCAGUACAACCCCCUUCUGUUAUGCAGGAAAAUCACAACCAAAGCACCUCCAACAGAUGCCCGUCCAGUCAUCAUAAUAAUAAUAGCAGAAACCUCAGGGGCCAUUCAGUCUAACUCCCUUCUGCCAUACAGGAAAAAUACAAUCAAGCAUCCUCUGAUCGGUAGGAGGGCAAUAGGGUUUUUUGGAAGCAAAGAAGGGGGCGGGGAGGCUGAGCAGCGAGAAAAAGAGUUUGGGAGGUGGGGAAGAAAUGAUUUGUGCCCCAGAAGGAUGCUGCUGCUGUUUCCGGCAGCUCCAAACUUUAAUUUGCUUGCAUUUCUCAGGAAGAGGAAAGCAGAGGAGCAGCAUGGUGGUGUGGAACCUCUCACAAUCACCUGCGAGGCUCCAAGGGCUCCACGGAGCACAGUGUGAGAACCCCUGUACUAAAGUGUCAUGAUACACAGUUUGGAAAGCUCUGUUCUAAAGUAUGACUCUUCUAAAGUAUGACUUAUGUCCACAGGGGGGAUAAGUUCCUGAACUGAAUAUGGAAAUAGGAAACCAUGGAUGAGUGCAAAAACUAUUGAAAUGAAUGUCUUCUGCCAGUGGUUACUAUAGAGGUGAACUUGGCCUAGUGAAUUCCUAGGAAUUUUCUAAGUCUCCCAGUAUGAUUCUGCUGUAACUUCUGGCAGACGUAUGUCUUGAAAUUGCCCGGAGGACCCUAAAAAAUACCUAUUUUAUCGGAUGCGAGUAGGUGAAAUGUGGCAAACAAUCCUUCAGGUACUGGGGUGAUACUGUAUUAACUGAUUAUUCAUUGGCAGCUUUCAUAAUGAGCUAUCCAUUGAGAUUUUAAGCUAAAGAAAAGCAUAAUUGAUAUAUUUUCAGUAUAUUAUUAACAUGCUUUGAUUCAUAUAUUUCUUAGUUUAGACAGUGAUAGAUAUAACAUUUUAGGGCCUUGAAAUAUUUAACAUUGCAGAAUGGGCCUCUGCAUUUCCUUGGUUCCAGCACGUGCAUGGAUCGUUACAUCUUUUUCUGCAAAAGUUUUUUUUCCCCCUUUGGAAGGUAGAGAAGGUGUUUUAAAAGUUGCUUUGUCUUUCAGGCUGUGAUCCACAUUCUACUCAUUUACUCAAAAAUAAACCACAUUGAACUUGAUGGUACUUCUGAGCAGACAGCUAUAUGAUUGUACGCUUCAUUGUUUUAUCAGAAUAGAGAGUGACUUCUGUCAGGGAUAGGAGGCUUUCAGAAGUGGGGCGGGGGGAGAGGGGUCACGUUCCCUUUCAAAAUUACUCCUAUAUCUCUGCCCCAGGAGUCAGCCUCAAUGAGUCCAAGGAUUGUUUUUAGCUUUUUGGCAGGAAGGUGGGCAUAUAAUUUCCCAAUAAAGUCUCCAUGGAUGUGAAAAGUCUUCCAAUCAGUUGCAGUAAAGAUUGGUUGGUGGGGAGCACUGCAGUAUUGGUUUGCUCACAUGUAUAAAUAUGUGAGGUAGGAGCAAGCUUGUUUUCUGCUGCCCUGGAGACUAGGACGUUGUAUAACGGCUUCAAACUACAGAAAAGGAGAUUCCACAUGAACAUCAAGAAGAACUUCCUAACUGUGAGAGCUGUUCAACAGUGGAACUCGCUGCCCUGGAGUGUGGUGGAAUCCCCUCCUUUGGAGACUUUUAAACAGAGGCUGGAUGGCCAUCUGUCAGGGGUGCUUUGAAUGCGAUUUUCCUACUUUUUGACGGGGAUUGGACUCAAUGUUUACAAUUAUUAGCCAAAGAGUCCUACAGCUGCCAAACUACAUGUCCUAGAAAUCCAUAUAAUGUUAUUGUGACGCUUAAAAUGCCAUCAGAGUGUUGUUACAGUAUAGUAUGAAAGGACCCUCUACUGAACUCUUGCCCAUGCUUUCUGUGAGCAGGAAUGUUUUCAGGUGGGAAACACAUUUAUAUAAUGUAAUCCAGGAAACAUUUUGCCAAUGAAAUCCUAUACUUGUCUCCUCAGAAAUAAACACCAUUGGAGUUUGCCUACAGGUGAGAGAGUACCAAACUGUUUAUAUUUAUUGAAGGCUUACUAUGUGGCAUAGAUUUGGCUUGUUGGGGGGGGGGAUGAUUAUAAUCAGUAUAAUAGCCCUUUUUUUCUAACACAUAUUAACAAUAACAAAUUAAACAUUUGACCUCCUUCAUAAUUAACAAAACAAGCUCUGAUCCCGAUUUAUUUCCCUGAAAAUGGGUGGGAUAGGAGUCGUGAAUCUGUAAUACAGUAAAUUCAAAUUCUAUACUGGAAACACAAAAUCCUUUUCCCCGCCCUUCUCAAAAGAAGUUAUAUGAAUAAAGUAUAUUUGUAUCUGU